GCGCAUUCUCCGCGCAGCGCUUCAGUCGCCGAUUAGAGCUCGCGUCAGUCGGACGCGUGACGUUUAAUUUCGUCUCGCCGCGUCAUUCGUCUUGUUUACGCUCACUAAACCAACAAUAUUUCGUAUUCCUAUUAGUGCGUGAUGAACCAAACAGUUAUCCAUUCACUAAACUUAACGCGUUCUCUCACAUAACUAAACUGAAUUUUGACCUUGUUUGCUAGGUGAAGAGAGCGUCUCGGAUGCUAUCUGUGAAGUGCGUCGCUGUGUUUGCAAGUGGUAUUGGACUUUGAAGAUGUCGACGUUGAGUGUGAGAGCACCCCUGCAGACCACAACCUUGCUGGACACGAGGUCCAUGCGCGUGCGAGGAGUAACCACCCUCGAUGGAGUCAGGAGGAACCUCUUUGGUUGCACAGACAGGGAAGAGAACAGAAGGUUCGCCGAGCGAGAACUCGCAAGGCAAUUGGAAUUGGACAGUCAGAAAUGGGGCUUCGACUUUGCUCAGGAAAAGCCAUUGCCAGGAGACCAGCGGUUCGAGUGGAGUUUAGUGGCAGCGUCUGCCAUCCCAGCAGCCCUGCGACGAGCUCCGAUCACCAUCACCAGCAUCAGCACUCCCCAGCCGGCUGCGCCCAAGCAAGAAGUCAAAGUUUCAAGUCCAGAAAACAGCAAAACGCAAAAGAGAAUCACAGGCUUAUGUGGUGCUGACGUGCGACAGUCCGCUGGCUGA